AUGUACUGCCUCUGCCGAUCGUCGAAAACCAUCACCGUGCGGAUCGUGCUGCUGGACGAGACGGAAUUUCUUCACGAACUCCAGGAUGAUUUGCCCGGGCAAGCGUUGCUGGACGUGGUGUUCGCCCGGCUGAACCUGAUAGAGACGGCCUACUUUGGGAUUCGGUACAUCGACCAAGACGGCCAAACGCACUGGCUGGAUCCGUCGGCCAGACUAUCGCGGCAGCUGAAGGGCGGCAAGGUUCCGUACGACCUCUACUUCGGCGUCAAGUUCUACGCCUGCGAUCCCUGCAAGCUGGUCGAAGAAAUUACUCGAUACCAGCUGUAUUUGCAAGUUAAACAGGACAUCCUCCAAGGCCGAUUGCCGGUGUCGUUCGAGCUUGCGGCCGAACUGGGAGCGUACGUCGUGCAAGCCGAACUGGGCGACUACGAUCCACGAAAGCACCCGCUCGGGUACGUGUCGGAGUUCCGGCUGCUAAACAACCAAACGAAGGAGAUCGAAUGUCGUAUCCACGAGCUACACAUCCAGCUGGCCGGCAUGUCGCCGUCGCAGGCCGAGUUCAACUACCUGGACAAAGUCAAGUGGCACGACAUGUACGGAGUGGACCUACAUCCGGUGCUGGGCGAGGACAGUGUCGAGUACUUCCUGGGCCUCACGCCGGGCGGCAUUGUGGUGCUGCGCAACAAGACCACCGUGGCCCACUACUACUGGCCCCGGAUAGCGAAGGUGUACUACAAGGGGCGCUACUUUAUGCUUCGCGUCUGUGAUAAAAAUAAUGAGGUUAGUACGUACGGUUUCGAGACACCAAAAAAGAGUGCGUGCAAGCACCUGUGGAAGUGCUGCGUGGAGCAUCAUUCGUUUUUCCGCCUGGUGCGAGUGGCUCCGAUGCAGGCCACGGGGACACUCGGCAGCAAGUACGGUGGCCGCUCGGAACGCCAGCCGAUGAAGGAUAUUCCGGGGCAGCAGCGGAUCCCACCGGCGUUCACCAGGACCCCAUCGCGCAGACAGCCGCGCCGGACGAUGGUCGAACCGGUGGAGGAGAAACUGUUUGACGCACCGAAGUACAUUCAGCAGGAAAUCAAAUCCAUCUCAAUACCUCAACCGGCCCAAUCAUUUGACAGUCCGUAUCGCUCUACUUGCAGCAUACCGGCCGCACUGAACGGUAUCGCUGGCACGGGCGGCAAGUCUCAGGGCACGGUACAGCCGCCGGACUCACCGCGCAGUACUCGGAGCGCCCCCUGGAUGCGGUCACAACAGCGGGGUCUGUUCGGGAUCAACUCGAGCCCCAAGUCGGUGCGCUCGGCAUCGACGAGGAUGAGUGCACCGGCCAACAACGCCCGGAUGCGCUCGAGUUCGGUCGAGAGCCACUCGUCGAACGAGUCUCGGUCGGGCCGUAGGCGCCGACACCGCAGUCGCCGGGUGUCGGACAACGAGAGUGAAAUGAGCCGCGGUUCGGGGCGGUCCGGACGGUCGCAUAACUCGCACCGGAAGCAUCGGCGACACCGGUCCAAGAACCGGCGCAAUCGGUCCGAUACGGAGAGCCGUGAUCGGAGCUGUUCCGGCCAUCGGCGGUCCACCGAUUCGAUCGAGCUGGUCGACUCGGGCGAACAGUGGCUGGAGGUGCAGCGGAAGCAACACUCGGAUGCGGUACCGAAGGCGGCCGUCAUCAAGAGCAGCCAGGUGAUGAAGGGAACCCACCCGGACUCGGGCAUCGUCCAGCAUCACCAGCGAAGCCGGCGGCACCGCAAGCACCGGUCGCCCUCGGAGAAGAUAUGGUCGAGCGAGCUGACGAAGCACCUGCAGUUCGAUCUGGUUGACACGACCGGCAUGACGGAGGACCAGCUGCGCGAGAUUCCGUACACGGUGGUGGAGACGAACCAUCAUGCGGCCAAGAAACCGAACACGCUCAAGGUACACAAGACUAGUCAUCACUCGUCGACAUCGCUUUCGAGCCACCAUCAUCAUCAUCACCAGCACACGGUCGGCAACAAUCGGAUCGACCGGAUAAGGGAGUACCCGAAGGGGGACGCUAGCAGUCUGGUGGAGAACGGCGUGAACGGUGGUUCGAUACGAUCGGCCAGUACGAUCAGCUCGUCCAGGGAGUACGACCGCAACUCGGGUCUCAUCAGGAUGAUGUCCAGCAUGAGCAUGGGUGACUUUAUCUCGCCGACCGGCUCGAGCCUGAGCCCGCUCGACAGCUCGGGGCUACGGGUAUCGCACGAGCACACCGAUUCCGGACUGGGAGCCGAUCAGGACUACGCGUACUCGUCGGAAAGGUCCAGCGAUAGUGCAAAGUACGGCACGAACAAGUCGUCCGGAGCGUCCGUCACGUCCGGCCACACGAAGUCGUCGUCGUCGAACAACAUGAAGUCGCAUCACCACACAGUGAGUAGUCGGAAACCUCCGCUCUGUCCCGGUCGGUCUGGGCCGGGGCCAUUGCCAGCGGUUACUUCUGCCAUCACACAGCAACCGUUGCUUCAGCAGCAGUCACACCAGCAGCAACCAGCACCACCAACUCACCCGAGCAAGUUCUCUUCGGUACCGGGUGUACAUAGUGCCAACGGCAGUAACAGUCGCUUGAUUAACACCAGUAACACUCACUACCAAAACAAUCAUUACACGUUUAGUCUAACCCGAAACCCCACCCAGACCCACCAUCAACAUCAACAUCCGUCCCAGCAGCAGCAGCAGCAGCAACGGCACCUCGGUGUCGGUCACCAUCCAUCACUCGGUAGUAGUCUCGGUAAUGGGUUAAGCACUAGCACCUACCUGGACACGACACUCGCCACGACGCUGGCGUCGUCGGCCGCCACACCCUAUCACUACUUCUUCGACGGGACCGGCUUCCGGUCGAACGUGGGCCCGUCCGGAAGCGGCUUCCACCACCAGCCGGUGACGGUCGGCGGUGCCGGUAGUAUCCGUGGCACCAAGUCCGACAUCGGUGUCCCGGUACGUCCGAAGCGCCACUACCAGCAGCAACACCUGCAGCACCACCAACCCCCGUACAUCACCAGUGUGCACCACGUGGGCCGUCCGGUGGCGGCGAGCAGUGAGCGGAAGCGGCGACUCGGGGCGUCCUCGUCGCUCGGCAAAUCGAUCGACUACCUGGAAAACUAUAAGACUGGCGUUGAGCGGCUCAACCAGAGCAACAACAACACGGCCGUUGGCGGUGGUGUGGGCGGCGGGAGUCCGGAAGCUUUCACCGGACUGCUCGGUAGCCAGAACGUGCUCAAUAACAAUCACUGCCCGUCGCCAGCGGGGGCGGAGCCGGCCGCUGCUGGCUAUUUCGAUGCCAAUCGCAACCAGAACGGCGACGGCGGGGAUCUGGGGCCCGCCAGCACGGGCAGUAACGCGCGAACGCCGGGAGGCGGUAGUGAGAAUGGCAACCGGCACCCGGAGGCAGGCGUUGCGUCGCCCACCACCACCAGCCCGUCGUACGCCGGCCAGAACGGGCCGGCCAAGGGCGGGCCGGCUGCGACGGUCGGCCGGGGACUUUCGGCCGGUUCCGGUCCCGGGACCUGGUUCGGCGGUGUCGGUAAGCACAGCAACCACCGUUCGUCCAGCUUAGAGCUGAUACUAACACCUAUCAUACAGAGCCGACGGUAA